AUGGACGAACAGAAGCUGCCCAGCGAGGAGAAGGACGCGGACGCGCCAGCCGAUGGGGUCGUGGCCUCGGAGGAGAUGGGCAGCGCGGAGGGGGACCCCCUGAAACCCCCCGAAGGAGCCUCCGCGGGGCCGGAGCUGGAGAGCACGGACACGAAGGGACCUCCCCAGGCUGGCAGCCUGCCGGCCCGCCGCUGCGCCCUCUGCAACUGUGGGGACUGGAGCCCGCACGGGCAGCGGGAGCUGCAGCGCUUCGAGCCAGCGCCUGACUGGCCUGAGCGGCUGGUGGGGCAUGAGCCCCCCGAGGGUCCCGGCCAGCCCCCGCCGGAGCCAGCGGGUGAUGACCUGGCACAGAUCGGCUUCUCCGAGCGGGUGACGCCGGUGCAGCUCUUCGAGCCGACGGGGCACUGCUGGGUCCACCGCUGGUGCGCAGCCUGGUCCGCUGGCGUGGGGCAGGAGGCGGCAGGGCUGGCCGGCGUGGACAGAGCUGUUUUCUCAGGGAUCUCACAGAAAUGUGAACGCUGUCGGCGGAUGGGGGCCACCAUCCCGUGCCGGGCGGCUGGCUGCCCCCGCCUCUACCACUUCCCCUGCGCUGCCGCCAGCGGCUGCUUCCAGUCCAUGAAGACCCUCCGGCUCCUCUGUCCCGAGCACGUGGCCGAGGCCGUGCAGAUGGAGGACGCCCGGUGCUCGGUGUGCGACGGGCCGGGCGACCUGCGGGACCUGGUUUUCUGCACCAGCUGCGGGCAGCACUACCACGGGGCCUGCCUGGACAUCGCCCUGACACCCCGCAAGCGCUCGGGCUGGCAGUGCCCCGAGUGCAAAGUGUGCCAAACCUGCAGGCAGCCCGGUGAUGACUCCAUGAUGCUGGUCUGCGAGGCUUGCGACAAGGGCUACCACACCUUCUGCAUGGAGCCGGCCAUCGAGGGCCUCCCUGCCGACUCCUGGAAGUGCAAGAACUGCCGGGUCUGCUCGGACUGUGGCCGGCGCCCGGCAGGGCUCGACCCCGGCUGCCAGUGGUAUCGGAGCUACUCGGUGUGCGAGGGCUGCCAGCAGCGCCGUGCCGCCGAAGAUGCCCGUGGGGCGCCGGCACACGCGCCCCAGCCGGAACCCCCUGCCCAGACGUUGGUGUCCCCCGACCGCAGCGAGCCAACGGACGUGCCCGUCCCCCCACCCGAGCCGGAGCCUGCAGGGUGCGACGAGAAGCCGCAGCCGGGGGGGGACCCCGAGGAGGCACCCCCAAGCGAUGGCGGGUCUCCUCCUGGCGAGCCGACCCCUGUGGAGGUGCCCCCCAAUGAACUGCCCCUCGACAAGCCACCUUCCAACGAGUCGCCCCCCAACGAGUCACCCCCCGACGUGCAGCCCCCUGAGGAGCCGCCUCCUCUUGCGCAGCCCCCUGAGGAGCCCCCUCCUCUCAUGCUGCCCCCCAACGAGUCACCCCCUGAUGAGCUGCCCCUCGAGACACCACCCCUUGAUGAGCCACCCCUUGACAGACCCCCCCUCGAGGAGCUGCCCCCCAGCGAACCAUCCUUUGACGAGCUGCCCCCCACUGAGCCACCCCUUGACGAGCUGCCCCUCGACUUACCUCUCCUCGACAAGCUGCCCCCCAGUAAACCCCCGCUCGAGAAGUCGCCCCCCAACGAGUUGCCUCCUGACGAUCUGCCCCUUGACAAAUUGCCCCCCGAUGAGCUGCCCCCCCUCGAUCAGUCUCCCCCCGAUGAGCUGCCCCUUGACGAGCCACCCCCAGAAGAGCUGCCCCCCAAGGAACCACCCCCAGAAGAGCUGCCCCCCAAGGAACCACCCCCAGAAGAGCUGCCCCCCGAAGAACCACCCCCUGACGAGCUGCCCCCUGAAGAGCCGCUCCCCAGCGAGAUGCCCCCCGAGGAGGACCCCAAGCCACCAGGUCUCCUCCCUGAGGUGGCUGUGGCAGAGGAAGCGCCAGCCCUGGCCCCGGAGGUGCCCCCUGAAGAGGAGAUGGAGCUGGAGCCGGAGCCCUUGCUGCCCCCCGAGAUGGCACCCCCACCCCCGGCUCCCCCAGAUCUCCGCGCCGUCUCGCCAGCCCAGCCCCCAGACGCCUUGCCCGACGCCAAGGAGGACGAGGUGCCUGAGCCGCCCACCCCAGCCCUGCCCGAGCCCCCCAGCAGCCCUGGCACCGCCAUGGACACUGAGCCCCCCGGCUCCCCGCCGCCCCCCCUGGGCUCCCCUGCCUGCACCCUGGCUCCCACUGAGCCCCCCGAGGACGAGGAAAUGGAGACGGCCGGUGGUGAGGGGGAGUCACCAGCCAGCCCCCCCGGAGAUGGCCCCCAUGCCAGCCCUGCCCCAGCGCUGGGGCCCUUCCCCAGCCUGCCUGAGGAGGAGGAAGAGGAGGAGGAAGAGGCGCCAAGGCUGGAGCGGGAGGGCACCAGUGGGAGCUCCCCACCGCUGAGUGAGGAGGAUGUGCUGGAGGAAGGCCGCGCUGGGGGGGACCCUGAAGCCAAGGGGUCCCCCUUGCUCCUGGAGCCAGAGGAGCUGGGCCCUGAGACCCCCAUGGAGGUGUGCGCCGCUGGGGAGAAGCUGCUGGGCCGUGGAGACGAGGGGGGCCCCGAGCCCCCUGCCCUGCGCCCCCGGCCCGACAUCCUCAAUGAGAUCUCCAACCUGAGUCAGGGGGACACGAACAGCAGCUUCCCCGGCUCGGAGCCGCUGCUGGGGUCCCCGGACCCCGAGGGCGGGGGCUCGCUCUCCCUGGAGCUGGGGCCGGCCUCUGCCGACGCCAGCCUGCAGAAGGAGGACGCUGGGUCGCUGCCGCUGGGCGCUGAGACCGACGACUCACUGCUCUUUGAGCCGGCUGCCAAGGGGGACGGGGACAAGAGCCGUCGGCGCAGCUCCCCGGGGCGCUCCCGCGUUAAGCAGGGUCGCAGCAGCAGCUUCCCCGGGCGGAGGCGCCCCCGAGGUGGGUCCCACGGGGGCCGGGGCCGGGGCCGUGCACGCCUGAAGUCGACCACCUCGUCCGUUGACACCCUAGCACUCGCUGACGUAGAGAGCUCGCCCAGCAAGGAGGAGGAUGAGGACGAUGAUGAUACGAUGCAGAACACGGUCGUCCUCUUCUCCAACACCGACAAGUUUGUGCUCAUGCAGGACAUGUGCGUGGUGUGUGGCAGCUUUGGGCGUGGGGCCGAGGGGCACCUCCUCGCCUGCUCCCAGUGCUCCCAGUGCUACCACCCCUACUGCGUCAACAGCAAGAUCACGAAGGUGAUGCUGCUGAAGGGCUGGCGCUGCGUGGAGUGCAUCGUCUGCGAGGUGUGCGGCAAAGCCUCCGACCCCUCCCGGCUCCUGCUCUGCGACGACUGCGACAUCAGCUACCACACCUACUGCCUGGACCCCCCCCUGCAGACCGUGCCCAAGGGCGGCUGGAAGUGCAAGUGGUGCGUGUGCUGCGUGCAGUGCGGGGCAGCUUCUCCCGGCUUCCACUGCGAGUGGCAGAACAACUACACCCACUGCGCGCCCUGCGCCAGCCUGGUCGUCUGCCCCUUCUGCCGCGAGAAGUAUGUGGAGGAUGACCUGCUCAUCCAGUGCCGGCACUGCGAUCGGUGGCUGCACGCGGCGUGCGACAGCCUCUUCACGGAGGAGGAGGUGGAGCAGGCUGCGGAUGAAGGCUUCGACUGCAGCGCCUGCCAGCCCUACGUGGUCAAGCCAGCCGCGCCCGUGCCUCCCCCAGAGAUCGCCUUGGUCAAGGCGAAGGAGCCAGAGCCCCAGUAUUUCCGCUUCGAGGGCGUGUGGCUGACGGAGACGGGGAUGGCAGUGCUGCGCAACCUCUCCCUGUCGCCCCUGCACAAGCGGCGGCAGCGCAAGGGCCGGCUGGGCACCCUGAACGGGGACGGGGGGCUGGAGGGGGGCGACCCCCUGGGCCCCGACGAUAAGAAGGACGGCGACCUGGACGCUGACGAGCUGCUCAAAGCCGAAGUGGGUGUCGAGCACAUGGAGUGCGAGAUCAAGCUGGAGGCUCCAGCCAGCCCUGACCGCGACAUCGGAGCUGACGUGGACUCGGGAAAGGGGCUGGAGGACCCGGAGGAGUGCAAGAAGAGGAAGCGCAAGCCGUACCGGCCUGGUAUCGGCGGCUUCAUGGUGCGGCAGCGCAAGUCCCACACCCGCCUGAAGAAGGUCUCGGCAGUGCUGGCCGAAGUGGGGCGCGAGGGGCUGAGCGCCGAGGGGCACCCGGAGGAGGGGACUCCGGGGGACCUCCCGGCUGAGGGCAGCCUGGAUCCGGGCUCGGCAGAGGGGGACGAGAAGAAGAAGCGCCGGGGAAGGAAGAAGAGCAAGUUAGAGGACAUGUUCCCCCCCUACCUGCAGGAGGCGUUUUUCGGGAAGGCGCUGAUGGACCUGAGCCGGAAGGCGCUGCUGGCGGCUGGCGGCGUGGGGGACGGGGCCGCCCGCCCCUCCCUGGGCCAGGGCGCCCCGCGGCCCAAGGGGGACCCCAACCUGGCUGGGGCGCUGCAGGGUGCCCCCCCCGACAGGAGGGAGACCCCCACGCACCCCCGAGGGGACGACAGCACCGAUGGCAGCGCCGCCGCUCCUGACGACGAUGGGAAGGAGGACGCGAAGGCCGAGGACCUGGGGGCCGAUGAGUCAAAGGACUCCCCGGAUCCUGGGGAUGCCGAGAAACCGGCCACCCCCGGUGAGGGUGCGCUGAGCUCCGACCUCGACAAGAUCCCUACGGAAGAGCUGCCCAAGAUGGAGAGCAAAGACGUCCAGCAGCUCUUCAAGGACGUGCUGGGCUCGGCGGAGCGCGGGGAGCAGCCCCUGAACUGCGUGGCUGCAGGGAUGGAGGCCGGAGGCGCAGGGCAGGACCCCAGCCGGGCGCAGCGGCCGUUCCUGCAAGGAGAACUCCAGCUGCCGGGGCAGGGGAGUGUUUCCCUGGGCUCGCUCUCCGGAGCCGUCUCCUUGGAGUCGUAUUCCGGUGUCUGCCAGUCCCCGUUCCUCGAUAACAGGGAGCGGAGCGGCUUCUUCAGCCCAGACCACUGCGAGCCCGAGAGCCCCUGGGCCAGCAGCUCGGCUGCCACCACCCCCUCGACGCCCACGACGCCUACGACGGAGGGCGAGGGCGAUGGGCUGUCCUACAACCAGCGCAGCCUGCAGCGCUGGGAGAAGGAUGAGGAGCUGGGCGAGCUCUCCACUAUCUCGCCCGUCCUCUACGCCAACAUGAACUUCCCCAAUCUCAAGCAGGAUUAUCCCGGACUCCCAGACUGGUCGAGCCGCUGCAAACAGAUCAUGAAGCUCUGGAGGAAGGUCCCCGCCACGGACAAAGCCCCCUAUUUGCAAAAGGCCAAAGAUAACCGGGCGGCUCAUCGCAUCAACAAGGUGCAGAAGCAGGCCGAGAGCCAGAUCAACAAGCAGACCAAAGGGGAGGGACUGCGCAAGCCAGAGAGGCCCUCGCUGCACCUGCGGAUCCCGGUGCCACCGGGGGCACAGCCCGUCUACAUCAGCAGCCCCCCCGCCACCGGCGAGGGCUUCCUGAAGCCCCCGGCGGGUGCCGGAGGGGGACCGGAGUCGCCCAGCGAGCUCUUCCUCAAGCUCCCGCCCCAGUCCCCUGCCCAAGUGCCUUCGCACGAUCCCUACGGCGUGGCACCUGCCUACACGCUGGAGCCCCGCUUCCCCUCGCCCCUGGGCCAGAGCCCCACGGCAGGCGCUGCCUUCCAGCCCUUCCCUGGCCAGCCCCAGCCCCUGACUGGCCCCCGUGCCGUCCCUGGCUCCCAGCCCCCAGACUUCCACCCCACACCCCCUGGCACACCCCGGCACCAGCCCGACCCCGACCCUUUCUUGAAGCCCCGGUGCCCCUCCUUGGACAACCUCUCGGUGCCGGGGAGCCCCGGGGCUCGGCCCCCCGAUGCCCUGCUCUCUCCCCUGCCUUUCGGGGAGCAAAAGAAGGGCCUGGAGGUGAAAAAGGAGGAAGGGGGGAGCCUGGGGGUCUGCUCACCCGGCUAUGCCCCCGCUAUGGGCUACGGGGACUCCCCGGGCGGCCCUCACCUCUCCGCUGCGGAGAUGAAGGCGGCUGACGUCUUCAAAGCCCCCAUGACCCCACGGGUCUCUCAGGUAGAGCCGCAGAGCCCAGGGCUGGGGCAUCGGCCCCCCGACCCCCAUCCCCUGGCCCCUUCGCCCCCCGGCCACCCCGAUCUCUACCGCCAGUCACCCUACCCAGACCCCUACUCGCAGCCCCCGCUGACGCCCCGGCCGCAGCCCCCCGAGGCCUGCUGUGCCCUCCCGCCCCGCUCCCUGCCCUCGGAGCCCUUCUCCCGCGUUCCUGCCAGCCCCCAGUCUCAGUCCAGCUCCCAGUCCCCCCUCACUCCCCGGCCGCUCUCCAACGAAGCGUUCUGCCAGUCCCCCGUCACCCCCCGCUUCCAGUCCCCGGACCCCUACUCCCAGCCGCCCUCCCGGCCCCAGUCCCGGGACCCCUUCACCCCCCUGCACAAGCCGCCCCGGCCCCAGAUGCCAGAGCCAGGGUUCAAGUCGGUGCCGCUUUCGCACAGCCCGGCGGCCGGCGGGGGCUUUGGGGGCACCCCGGCGGGCGAGCCCCACGCCAAGGCACCGGGCGGGCAGCAACCCCCCUUCGCCCGCUCCCCCGGCGCCAGCGUCUUCCCAGGCAGUCAGGCCCCCAUGCGCUUCACCUUCCCCCCGGCCGUCUCGGAGCCACUCAAGGGCUCCCCGUCCCACCAGCCCCAUGGGAUCAACAGCCAUUACGUCCCCGGCAAGCCCCAGAGCUCAGCCUACGCCUCGUCCCCCGGCUUCCACCAAGCCGGCAGCCCGCUGGGGCCGGGUGCCGCGGCUGCCGAGACCUACAGCCUCUCGCCCCUCCGGCCCCCCUCAGUGCUGCCGCAGCAGCCCCCAGCUGCCCCACAGCAGCAGGACGCCUCCGUCACCUUCCUGCCCCGAGCCACGCUGGGGCCGCCGGCUGACAAGAGGGAGGAGGCGACCGCAGGGCUGUCAGCACCCCCAAACCGGGACCUGGCGGAGCUGCCUGGUGGCCAGGAUGGGACCCUCGGCACCAUGAGCCAGUCGGAGCUGGAGAAGCAGCGGCAGCGCCAGCGGCUCCGCGAGCUGCUCAUCCGCCAGCAGAUCCAACGCAACAGCCUGCGGCAGGAGAAGGAGAGUGCAGCGGCGGCCGCCACCUCCUCACCGGCGGGCUGGGCCCCCGACGCCGGCAGCCAGGCCUUCGAGCUGAGCCGGGGCAUGGCCCCUUACCAGCCGGCACAGGAUAAGGGUCUCCUCGGGACGCUGGCUACUGCGGCAGGUGCCGGGAAGCUGCCUGGCUCCGUCAUGGUGCAGGCGGCGUUUGUGCAGGACGAACGGCUCUCCCGGCCCCCGCCGGCAGCCACGCCAUCCGCCCUGGACAUCAACGGGAGGGCGGCGGUGGGCCCCCCCCAGGCCUUCUACCCCCGUGGGGUCUUCCCGGCGCCAUCCCCACAGCAGCACCUCUGGCAGCAGCAGCAGCAGCAGGCAGCCGCGGCCCUGCGGCUCCCCGUCGCCUCCCGCUUCGCCCCACCAGCCACUGGCACCCCCGUGGGCAGCCUGGGCACCCGCCUGCCAGCACCCGCCGAGGCGGUGCCUGCCUCACCCGCCGCCCUGGGCGCUCCCUUCAUCGAGCUGCGGCACAACGUGCAGAAGGGACCCGGGGGGGUCGUGGGCUCCCCCUUCGCUCCCCAGGCACCCCGGCCCCGCUUUUUCCUGCCUGGGGAGGAGGGCACCCCCCAGGCCCUUUGCACGCCCGUCGUGCCCAUGCAGGCGCUCCCCGCCCCGGCGCUGCAGCCCCAGAAGAUGCCGGUGCCGCUGCCGCCUGCCUCCCCACAGGGAACUGAGAUGAGCAACAGCCACCACCAGCCUCACGCCAAAGCAGCCGCCCCCCCGCCGCUGCCGGCCCCCAGCCUGGAGCUGCAGCACGUCCCCCCACGCCCGCUGUCCUCCAGCUCUGCCCUCCGCCCCGAGGGACCCAAGGACGGUCCCACGCCGGACCCAGCACCAGCUCCGGCCCCAGGGAAGAGCCACCUGAGCCUGGAGGGGGGCCGUCUGCCCUGUGAGGUGCCGGUGGAGCCCGAUUUGGAUGACGACUUUGGCUCCCACAAGGACCUGGAAGACGAUGAUGAUUUGGCCAACCUGAGCCUGGAUCCGGACGUGGCUAAAGGGGAUGACGACUUGGACAACCUGGACAGCCUGGAGACGGCAGACCCCCACCUCGAUGACCUGCUGAACGGCGACGAGUUUGAUCUGCUGGCCUACACCGACCCUGAGCUGGACACCGGCGACAAGAAGGACAUCUUCAAUGAGCACCUUCGCCUGGUCGAGUCGGCCAACGAGAAAGCCGAGCGCGAAGCCCAGCUCAAGACGGAGCCGCCGGCGCCCAGUUUGAAGCUCCCAGACCCCGGGGAUGGCAAAGACACAGCCCCAUCCACGGAGGACCAGGAGGUGCCCAAGGAAGGGCUGGUGCCCGCAGCGGGCUUGGGACCUGCUCCCUGCCCAAUGGGUGCCGCACUGGCACCCGACCUGGCUUUCAAGGCGCAGGGCACGGAGGCGAAGGCGGGCUCGCUGCCUGCCGACGUCAAGCCCAAGCUGGAGGACGGCUGCCUGAAGACCUCUCCCUGCCAAUUCACCGCCGGUGGCCCCGAGCGGCUCCCGGUCCCCAUCAAAUCAGAGGCCCUGCAGGGCACGGAUAAGAUCUCUGCCUCGCUGGGGCUGAGCCUCAAACCCGGCCAGACCCUCCUGAGCCCCGGGGCCGGCCCGGCUCGCCUCAGUUUGACUCACUUCCCUAACAGCGGCCAUGCCGGUGUCCCCGUGCCGGAGAAGGACCCCUAUGCCGGCCCCAGCCGUGGGCUGGCCCCUGCCCAGCUGGCCAGCCAGAGCAACCCCUUGCUGGAGAAGUUUGAGCUGGAUGGUGGAGCCCUGGGUCUGGGCAGCGCCCGGCACUCACCAGCCGAUGACCUGGACAAGAUGGAGAGCUCGUUGGUGGCCAGCGAGCUGCCCCUGCUCAUCGAGGACCUGCUGGAGCACGAGAAGAAGGAGCUGCAGAAGAAGCAGCAGAUGUCAGCCCACCUGCCCCGGGGCACCCCCCACCUCCCGGCCCCGGGGCACCCCAUGCUGCACGCGGCAGCACCCGGGCAGCCCCCCGAGGGGCAGCCGCCCCGCCUGGGCGCCCCGCAGCCCCCCCUCCAGCUGGGGCUGGUGGCCAGGCCACCGCUGAUGCCGCCGCAGCCGCCCCGGCUCAGCGCACCCCAGCAGGGCCCGGCGCUGGCCCCCCACAUGGGCAUGGCCCCCGGGCAGCCCCACGUGCUGGCGGCCCCCCACGGCGUGCAGGUGGCUCUGGCGCAGCCGCAGCAGAGCCAGCAGCAGGUACUGGUGCAGAAGCCGAUGGCCGGGGUGCAGCCACCCGCUCUGGGCCUGAAGCCCCCCCAGCUCGUCAUGCAGCAGCAGUUGGCAAACAGCUUCUUCCCGGACACAGACCUGGACAAGUUUGCGGCUGAGGACAUCAUGGACCCCAUUGCCAAGGCCAAGAUGGUGGCACUGAAGGGUAUCAAGAAGGUGAUGGCUCAGGGCAGCAUCGGGGUGGCCCCGGGCAUGAACAGGCAACAGGUUUCCCUGCUGGCGCAGCGGCUCUCGGGGGGCCCAGCUGUCUCCGAGAUGCAGAAUCACUUGCUGGCGGGGAGUGGGCAGGAGCGGAGCAGCACCGACCCAACCCAAGCUCGCCCCAACCCACCCACCUUCGCGCAGGGCGUCAUCAACGAGGCCGACCAGCGGCAGUACGAGGAGUGGCUCUUCCACACGCAGCAGCUCCUGCAGAUGCAGCUGAAGGUGCUGGAAGAGCAGAUCGGGGCGCACCGCAAGUCACGCAAGGCACUCUGUGCCAAGCAGCGCACUGCCAAGAAAGCCGGGCGGGAGUUCCCCGAGGCCGAUGCUGAGAAGCUGAAGCUGGUGACGGAGCAGCAGAGCAAGAUCCAGAAGCAGCUGGACCAGGUGCGGAAGCAGCAGAAAGAGCACACCAACCUCAUGGCUGAGUACCGCAACAAGCAGCAGCAGCACCAGCACCAGGCCUCGGCCGUCAUGGCCCUGAGCCCCUCGCAGAGCCCCCGCCUCAUGUCCAAGCUCCCCGGGCAGCUGCUCUCGGCGCACGGUGUCCAGCAGCCGGCGGGGGCCGUGGUGGGCGCACAAGGCCUCGGCCAGCAGCCGGGGCAGCCUGGGGGGCUGCGCCUGCCCCAGGGCGGCGUGUCCAUGGCCGUGCAGCAGGGCCUGUCCUUCAUGGGCCAGCAAGCCAUGGGGAAUGCCCCGGUGCCCGGCACCUCCAACGCCUUCUUCGCUGGGAACCCUGCGCUCCGCGGGCUGGCUGCCGACAGCCGCCUGAUGCAGGAGAGGCAGCUCCAGAGGAUGCAGCUGGCCCAGAAACUGCAGCAGCAGAACAUGCUGGGACAAGUGUCGCUGCAGCAGCAGCCGGGCGUGAUGGGACAGGCAUCCAUGCAGCAACAGGGUGUGAUGGGACAGGCAUCCAUGCAGCAGCCGGGUGUCAUGGGACAGGUGUCGAUGCAGCAAUCAGGUGUCAUGGGACAGGCAUCAAUGCAGCAACAGGGCGUCAUGGCACAGACGUCCAUGCAGCAGCCAGGUGUGAUGGGACAGACAUCAAUGCAGCAACAGGGCGUCAUGGGUCAGGCAUCGAUGCAACAGCCAGGUGUCAUGGGACAGACCUCGAUGCAACCGCAGGGCGUCAUGGGACAAACCUCGAUGCAGCCGCAGGGCGUCAUGGCACAGACAUCGAUGCAACAGCCAGGCAUCAUGGGACAAGCAUCAAUGCAGCAGGCAGGUGUCAUGGGACAAGCAUCAAUGCAACAGCCCGGCCUCAUGGCACAGACACCGAUGCAGCAGGCGGGUGUCAUGGGACAAGCGUCAAUGCAGCAGCCAGGCGUUAUGGCACAGACGUCAAUGCAGCAGCAGGCUGUCAUGGCACAGACGUCCAUGCAACAAUCGGGUGUGAUGGGACAAGCGUCCAUGCAGCAGCCGGGCGUCAUGGCGCAGACGUCGAUGCAGCAGCCCGGUGUGAUGGGCCAAGGCUCGAUGCAGCCGGCAGCCAUGGUGGGGCAGCCCAGCCUGCUGGGGCAGCAGCAGCCGGCACCGGCCCCGCAGCCGGGUGCAGUGGGGCAGCCCAUGGUGCCGAAGCAACCGGGGCUGAUGGGCAGCCAGCAGAGCCUUCUGGUGCAGCAGCUCUCGCCCCAGCAGCAGCCAGGCUUGUUGGGCCACGCGCAGGCACCGGGGCUGCAGCACCAGCCGGUGCUGGGCCACCCCCCACCCCAGCGCCAGGUCCUCCUGGCCCCCCACCAGCAGCGGGUGCUGGGCUCGCCCCAGCUGGCGCCGCAGACUCCGGGGAUGCUGGGCCACCGGCUCGUGUUGUCCCAGCAGCUGGGGCAGUCGCGGGCGCUGCUGGCCCCGCAGCAGCAGCAGAACUCAACAGCCGCCCAGCCGGGCCUCCUGGGGCUGGGCCAGGGGCAGCCUCCGAUCCAGCACUUUCCGCAGCACGGGGCGGCGGGCCAGGCCCCCUCUGUGUUGCACCUGAGUCAGGGAAUGCAGCCGGCCCCGGCGGUCUUGGCUGCCAAAGACCAGCCUGGAGGGGCGGAUGGCAGCGCCCUGCCUGCCGAGGGCAGCGAGAGCGGGGGGCAGCUGCAUGGGGGCCCCCAGGAGCAGCAGGGAGCCCUCAACCCCCCGGGGCUGGGUGGCCCAGAGCCCCCAGCCCCCAAGCACCAGGCUGAGCUGGGGCAGGGCCAGCAGCUCCUCUUGGCCUCCCCACAGCCGGGCGUCCUGGGCUCGCAGCCGGCGCUGCGGGCAGCCCCUGUGCAGCCGGGCACCCUCCUUGCCCCGGCGCUGCAGAGCCCCGGGGCCCCCCGCCCCGAGCUGUCCCAGCAGCAUGGGGACACUGCCGGUGUGGCGGAGCCGCUGCUGGGCUGCGGGACGGGCCAGGCACAGGGCAUGACGCUGCCGCAGGCACCGCGGCCCCCGGAGCAGUUGGGCAAGGGGCCGUCGGGCUCGCUGCAGGGCCAGCCGCAGCCCCCGCGGCUCCAGAGCCCUGGGCAGCACAAAGCGGGGCCGGCAGUGCCAUCGCCGGGCACAGCCACGCUCCCCCCGGGCCUCCUGGGGCAGGUGCCGGGGCCGGUGAUGGGCCAGAUCCGUGCGCAGCUCCAGGGUGUCCUGGCCAAGAACCCGCAGCUGCGGCACCUGACGCCCCAGCAGCAGCAGCAGCUCCAGGCCCUCCUGGUGCAGCGGCAUCAGCAGAGCCUGCUGCAGCAGAGCCAGGCGCUCAGGCCCCCCGGACCCUUCCCCGGGCAGGCCCCGGACCACGGCCCCGCGGCCCGCCAGCCCCCUCGCCCGCUAGGGCCCCUCUUCCAGCCGCGGCCGGGCACCCCGGCAGAAGCGCAGACCGGCUUUGCCGCCGAGCAGGGGCGGGCGCUGCCGGGGCAGCCCCCCCAGCAGCCCCUGGCCGAGCUGGUGCAGGCAGCGCUGGCUGCCCGCGGCCCCCAGCCCAGCCUUGUCCGGCUCCCCACGCCACCGGCCCCCUCUCCCCUGGGCUGCGUGUCCCAGCACUUGGCCAGCCCCGAGCAGAGCCCCCAAGAGCCAAAGAAGACAUCGCCGGGGGUCCCCGCCUCGGCCCCCAGCCCUGCGGCGCCAGCGGAGCAGGGGCUGCCGCCCACGUCAAGCAGCACCCUCCCCGACCCGGCACACGGUCCCUGGGACUCUGAGGCACCCAGUGCGGACCCAGCUGACCCCAGUGAGACCCACGUCAACGGGGCUGUGCCGGAGGGGGUCCCCACGGCAGCCGAGCUCCCCCAGAUGUUGGUGAAGCAGGAGCCGAAGGAGGAGGUGGUGGCGGCGCAGUGCGAGCUGGACGGAGAUGAGGCAGCGAAGCCAGAGGCCAACGGGGAUCCCGGGGCCAGCCAAGCCAACAGUCUGCUGGCACCGGGCGGCCGCUCCGAGGCUGGGCAUCUCCUGCUGCAGAAGCUGCUGCGGGCCAAGAACGUGCAGCUCUCGGCGCAGAGCCCAGGCGAGCUCAACGGGCACACGGAGAGCCGAGGCGCUGGGACGGAGCUGCGGCCGCAGCCGGUGCUGCUGGGCCGGGAGGACCCCUCCAUCGCCAGGAAGCCAGCGGCCACCAAGCCCAAGCGGGUGCAGAAGGGCAACGAGCGGGUCCCGGCCUCCCGCAAGAAGCUGCGGAAGGAUGAGGGGCUGCGCCCCGGCGAGGCCCUCAUGAAGCAGCUGAAACAGGAGCUGUCACUGUUGCCGCUGACGGAGCCGACCAUCACGGCCAACUUCAGCCUCUUCGCGCCCUUCGGCAGCAGCCCCAUCAACGGGAAGAGCCAGCUGCGGGGCGCCUUCGGCAGCGCCGUGCUCGACAGCGUGCCCGACUAUUAUUCCCAGCUGCUCACCAAGAACAACCUCAGCAACCCACCCACGCCACCCUCCUCGCUGCCCCCCACGCCACCCCCCUCUGUGCAGCAGAAGAUGGUGAACGGUGUCACGGCCCCCGAGGAGCUGGGUGAGCAGCCCAAAGACGCCGACCCGGCCCGCGAGCCCCACGGCCAGAAAGACACGCCGGCCGUGGAGGUGAAGAGCCUGGACCUGCUGGCAGCUCUGCCCACCCCUCCCCACAACCAGACCGAGGAUGUCAGGAUGGAGAGCGACGAUGAGAGUGACUCCCCGGACAGCAUCGUCCCUGCCUCGUCCCCUGAGAGCGUGCUGGGCGAGGAGCUGCUCCGCUUCCCCCUGCUCAGCGAGGCCAAGCCGGAGCUGGAGGAGCGUGUGCUGUCCCCCAUCAUCCCCAUCAUCCCCCGGGCCAGUAUCCCAGUGUUCCCUGACACGAAGCCCUACGAGGCCGCGGAGCCCUUUGGAGCCACCCCUGGGAAGGUGGGGCCGGCGGGCCCAGGCGCGCCGUGGGAGAAAGGCAAGAGCAGCGAGGUCUCCGUCAUGCUGACGGUGUCCGCAGCGGCUGCCAAGAACCUCAAUGGGGUGAUGGUGGCCAUGGCUGAGCUGCUGAGCGUGAAGAUCCCCAGCUCCUACGAGGUGCUGUUCCCGGACGGCCCCAUGCGAGCGGCCGUGGUCGAGGCCAAGAAGAUGGAGACAGACGUGGCUGGGGUGCUCGGUGCCAAGGAGAAGGUGGCGCUGGCUGGGAAGGUGACGGACAGCAGCUCCGAGUGGUUGAAGCAGUUUGACGCGGUGCUGCCAGGGUACAGCCUCAAGGGCGAGCUGGACCUCCUGACGCUGCUCAGACAGGAGAGCCCUGUGCCCGAGAAGACCUUGCACCACUGCUACGUCAACAACGUCUCCAACCUGGACGUGCGGCAGCUCUCCAUCAUGCCCCAGGAGCCCUCGCCCCCACUGUCCCCCUCUGUCCCCUCCCCAUCUAGCCCUGCUGAGGCUGCCAGGGUCCCCGACCCCGAAGCGGCCCACGAGGCAGCCCCGGCCCCCCCAUCGCCCCUGCCACUGGCCACCUCGCCAGCCCCCCAGGAGGAAGGGGCCACGGCCCCCCACUCGCCACCCCGCUUCAAGCCACGCUCGCGGCCGCCGGAGGACGGGGACGAAGCGCGGCCCCGGCUGAAGAAGUGGAAGGGGGUGCGGUGGAAACGGCUGCGCUUCCUCGUCACCAUUCAGAAAGGGGGGGCCAAGCGGGAUGGCGACAAGGAGAUAGCCGAGUUCAUCGACAAACUGGGCACCACCCUGCGCCCCGAAAAGGUGCCGCGGGACCUGCGCAAGUGCUGCUUCUGCCAUGAGGAGGGCGACGGAGCCACGGAUGGGCCGGCCCGCCUGCUCAACCUCGACCUCGACCUCUGGGUCCACCUGAACUGCGCCCUGUGGUCCACGGAGGUCUACGAGACGCAGGGGGGGGCCCUGAUCAACGUGGAGGUGGCCCUGCACCGCGGGCUGCUCACCAAGUGCUCCCUGUGCCAGAAAACCGGCGCCACCAACAGCUGCAACCGCAUCCGCUGCCCCAGCGUCUACCACUUCGCCUGCGCCAUCCGCGCCAAGUGCAUGUUCUUCAAGGACAAGACCAUGCUGUGCCCCUUGCACAAGCUGAAGGGCCCCUGCGAGCAGGAGCUGAGCAGCUUCACCGUCUUCCGACGCGUCUACAUCGAACGGGACGAGGUGAAGCAGAUCGCCAGCAUCAUCCAGCGCGGCGAGCGGCUCCACAUGUUCCGUGUGGGCGGGCUGGUCUUCCACGCCAUCGGGCAGCUCCUGCCGCACCAGAUGGCCGACUUCCACAGCGUCACGGCCCUCUACCCCGUGGGCUACGAGGCCACGCGCAUCUACUGGAGCCUGCGGACCAACAACCGCCGCUGCUGCUACCGCUGCACCAUCUGCGAGAACAACGGCCGCCCCGAGUUCGUCGUGCAAGUCAUCGAGCAGGGCCUGGAGGAUCUGGUCUUCUCCGACUCCUCGCCGCAAGCCGUCUGGAACCGGAUCAUUGAGCCGGUGGCGAUGAUGAGGAAGGAAGCCGACAUGCUGCGACUCUUCCCCGAGUACCUGAAGGGCGAGGAGCUCUUCGGCCUCACGGUGCACGCGGUGCUGCGCAUCGCCGAGUCGCUGCCUGGCGUCGAGAGCUGCCAGAACUACCUGUUCCGCUACGGGCGCCAUCCGCUGAUGGAGCUGCCGCUGAUGAUCAACCCCACCGGCUGCGCCCGCUCCGAACCCAAGAUCCUCACCCACUACAAGCGGCCCCACACCCUGAACAGCACAAGCAUGUCCAAGGCCUACCAGAGCACGUUCACGGGCGAGACCAACACGCCCUACAGCAAGCAGUUCGUGCACUCCAAGUCCUCCCAGUACCGGCGCCUGAAGACGGAGUGGAAGAACAACGUCUACCUGGCGCGGUCCCGCAUCCAGGGGCUGGGGCUCUACGCGGCCAAGGACAUCGAGAAGCACACCAUGGUCAUCGAGUACAUCGGCACCAUCAUCCGCAACGAGGUGGCCAACCGGCGGGAGAAGAUCUAUGAGGAGCAGAACCGCGGCAUCUACAUGUUCCGCAUCAACAACGAGCACGUCAUUGACGCCACGCUGACGGGGGGCCCGGCCAGGUACAUCAACCACUCGUGCGCCCCAAACUGCGUGGCUGAAGUCGUGACCUUCGACAAGGAGGACAAGAUCAUCAUCAUCUCCAGCCGGCGCAUCCCCAAGGGGGAGGAGCUCACCUACGACUACCAGUUCGACUUUGAGGACGAUCAGCACAAGAUCCCCUGCCACUGUGGAGCCUGGAACUGCCGAAAGUGGAUGAACUAGCUGGGAGAAGGGGCUGGGGGCC